CCCCCAAACUUAAAAAUACAAAAAGGUUAAAGAUUAAAAAUACAGUGAAGCCGGAAUAAAAAGCCAUUUUAUUAUGACCUGAAAAUUGAAAUAGCCCAACAAGGGCACAAUGAGUUAGACCAAAAUCACGGUGUCCAAGUAGAUUCAGCCGCUCUUCCUUCCUCCCCCGAACACUAUAAUCAUAUAAUGCAAAGCUUUAGACGCUGGGUUGAGCCAAAAGCCUUCAGAUACGACGUGUUCCUGAGCUUCAGGGGCUGGGAUACCCGCUUCAGCUUCACCGGCUUCCUCUACAAGGGCCUCUUCGACCACGGAUUCCGCACCUUCAUGGACGACCGUGAGAUCGACAAAGGCUCCCAAAUCCCCCAAACCCUCCGCGAGGCGAUCGAGGACUCUAGGGUUUUCAUCGUCGUCCUCUCUGCCAACUUCGCCUCUUCCUCCUUCUGCCUGGACGAAGUUGUCCUCAUCCUCCAAGAGUUCGCCAAGGGUAAGGGUCGCUGGAUUUUGCCGGUUUUCUACUACGUGGAUCCGUCUCAUCUCGCUGAUAGUGAUUCCUAUAAACGGGCAUUGGAGGAUCAGACCGAGUGGUUUGACUCCCAGAGGAUACAAAUAUGGAAGACUGCUUUGAGUAAAUUGGCUACCUUUUCAGGCUUACGACUCAUUCGCAGGAACGGGAGUAUACUUGAGUACCAGUAUAUUGAGCUUAUCCUUAAAGAGGUUUCUAGACAUGUUACUUGUCCAGUUGGACUAAGUCAUCGGAUGUCAAAAGUUAACAAGCUUUUGUUCUCUGGAUCCGAUGUUGGAGUCCACAUGGUAGGGAUAUGUGGAGAGGCUAGAAUAGGUAAAACAACAGUAGCUCGGGGAGUUUACAACUUCAACUCUGACACUGGAUUUGAUCACUAUUGCUAUUUUUAUAACGUGGGGGAUAUUUUAAGUCAGUCUAGAUUUGUCAAUGAAGGAAUGGCAAUACUCAACCAGAAAAAGGUUUUUGCAAUUUUUGAAGAUAUUAACGAUUCCAAGCAGUUGAAAAACAUUAUUGAACUAGCUUAUCAGUUUGGUUCUGGCAGCAAAGUCAUCAUUACAGCUCGGAAUAAAGGUUUGCUUCAAAGUCAUGGGAUUGAAAGCAUAUAUGAAGUAGAAAGGUUCAGUAAGACAGAAGCUUUUCAAUUGCUUAUUUUGAAAUCUUUUAAUUCUACAAGUGUUAGUGCUGAUUAUGUGACCAUCUUUAACCGUGUCGAGACUUAUGCUCUUGGUCAUCCAUGGACUUUGGAAGUAAUCGGUUCCAACUUGAGUGGAAAAUCAGUAGAAAAUUGUGAAUCUGCAUUACUUAAGUACGAAUCAAUAACAAAUAGAGACAUCCAAAAGAUACUAGAAGAAAGCUUUAAUGCUUUGGAGAAAUGCCAGCAGGAGAUGUUAAUUCACAUUGCAUUGAAACUCAAAGAACUUGAAUUGGGAGUGGUUGAAGACGAACUUUGUAAUUAUUAUAAAGUCUGUCCCAAAAAAGAUAUUAGAGUUUUGCUUGAUAAAUCUCUUAUAAAGAUUAAUGAGCACGGUCAGGUGACAUUGCAUCCCUCUACACAGGACAUGAUUAGAGAUAAAAUUGCACGUUUUGAGGAAUAUGGCAAGCAAGAAAUCCAACCUGUCUCAAAGAAUGGAAGCAUGAUUGGGAUUUGAUGGAAUUGGAAUAUAAAUUACCAUAUCAUCAUUGUCGUUCCUCCUCUUCUUAGGAUGCUUUAUGAUGCCAUUUUAGAUCCACUCCCUUCUUUUUUGAGUUGUAUAAUUUAUUUUUUAGGCUAUGUAACAUGGACACGGGCAGAGUAAGUCAAAUGAAAUAAAGAUGAGCAACAUCACAUGCUACACAAAGUUGUAUUGGUAUUGGAACCAUUCCUGUCUCAGUGAGCAGUGUCCGACACGACUUUUAUGGGUGUUGGAGUGCGCAUUUUAAAUGUUUCCAACACUGCAAUCAGAAGUGUCACAGCGGCAGAGAAAAAUGUUUUUAUACUAGAAUUAAGGCUGCACAACCAGAAAAAAUCAACAAUUAUAUGGACAAAAUUCCACCGUACUCAACUGUACUUUCCGACUGCUGUACCAGUCGAGUUAAUAAUCUGUUGUUCCUGUUAGUCACUGGUCCCCAUGGAGAGCCACUGUUAGAGAUGAAGGAAGCGCAAACUUGGGCUAAGAAGGUGGAGCUACCAGUGUUCAUGGAGGAGAAACCCAAUUGGUUUGAUUGCUAGGGUUUAAAAAUUCUGAGGUACAAGAAAUUCCUUCAUUCUAUAAGCUGCAAUAUGCAUUCAUGAGCUUGGAAGGUGCUGUGACACAUUGGUUCUACAUUUGGAACCAAAAGAACCCAGAUUCAGAUUGAAGUCAUUUUCCAUGGCUUUGAUCAAAAGAUUUAAAGAUUGCUAUGAUAACCACGUCUUUAAAAGAAGUAAGAAGAGUAAACUGAGAUGAAAACCUGCACUGAAGAAAUGGAGACUUCCACAAUGUUCUUGAAAGGGAGGACAAACAAUGAAUCUCAGCUUAAGCAAAUGUUGCAGCAGUUGGUGAAGAAUCAAUUAGUCAAACAAGAACUUGAUGGGUCAUUGGAGGACAAACUAUGAAUCUCAGUUUAAGCGUAGUUAUGAGAGGCAGUCAAUUCGCAUAGGUUGCGACAUCAUACAUGAAAAAAAUAAUCUCUACUAAUGAAUUGGUGUUUGAUUGAUAAUCAAUUAAUGCAUUGAAUAUAUGAAUUUAUUGUACUUUUUUAUGGUCA